AUGACUUAUAGUGGAAGCUGUGGCUCUUUACGCUUCGAAUCCGACACUGGCGAACAUGUGAUCGCCCUCUUUGGCGUGCAUGAAUACAAGCGUUGGUGCGACAUUGUCACUUUGCUCCCGGCCACAGACACGACAUGCAAGCUACUCCCACAGUGGUACGUCGAUGGCACCAAUAGGCAAAAGCCAGAACAGCCCAGCGCUCCGCGUACUCCGUCACUACCCAGAAUGCUCGCGCCCGCAGAUACGGCAUCGAAUAUACCGUUGCUGACGGAAAUAACCUCGUCGCCAACCCAUCUUUGGCUGCUCACCGUUGUUCCAGAGCGAGUGUAG